CUGGAUGAGUCCUGUCCCCGCUCUGCUCCCCACAGAGCCUCUUGGAACAACAGCCAAUGAGAGGGGAAAGAUCUGGCAGAGUAGAACGCUGCCUUGGGAAUGUGAAUGGGGUGGGGAGAAGGAGGAGCACGGACAGGAUUUGUGUACUUCCUGUCACUGAAAUUGAAAGCAGCUGUUUGAAAUAUAAAUACUGUAAUUGAACUUCUGUGAAGUUUUAGCAGUAGGAAGAGGGAAGGCUUUCAUUUGACACAAGAAAAAAAUAUUCCAGGGGAUGAGUUAGAAACGGCAUGGCAGUGCGUCUUGGAUUGUGUAACUAAACUCCAAGACUCCUUUUUUCAUUUCUUAACAGGCAAUAAACCAGAAGGUCGUAAAGAUCUGUUGGAGGUUAGAGUGUACUUUAAAAUGGUUGCAACUAGCAAUUUAAGCAGUAAAAACACUGCAUGCAUUUCAGAAUUGUUGUACCAAGGCUUUCACCACGCAAACAUAAGCGACUUUGACUACUGGGAUUACGUUGUGCCUGAACCCAACCUUACUGAGGUGGUGUUUGAGGAGAGAACCUGUCAGAGUUUAGUUAAAAUGUUGGAGAACUGCCUAUCCAAAUCAAAGCAGACCAAACUUCACUGCUCAAAGGUUCUGAUACCAGAAAAACUAACCAAGAAAAUAGCUCAAGAUGUAUUGCGGCUUUCUUCAACUGAGCCCUGUGGUUUGAGAGGCUGCAUUAUCCAUGUCAAUUUAGAAAUUGGAAAUGUAUGUAAAAAGCUAGAUAAGAUUAUCUAUGACCCCAGUGUUGUUCCUACUUUUGAACUGACACUUGUGUUCAAGCAGGACUGUUGCUCAUGGCCCAGUUUCAGGGACUUUUUCUUUACCCGUGCUUGUUUCACAUCUGGCAGCAAACGUACUCUGAUUCUGAGUCCUGGGUUUCGGCUUAUUAAAAAAAAACUUUACUCCUUGAUUGGGACAGUCAUUGAAGAAUGCUAGAAAUCUUGUUGCAUGUUUAAAACUGUGUCUGAUUUUUUAAGAGGUACCUUGCUUUACAGUUUGAUUUCAUGCACAGCAACCAUUGUGCUCUGUAUGGGCUAUGCAAACACCCCAAUGUGUAAGCCUUCAAGUUGGCAUAAGAUAUUCCCAGUGUAGCUAACUGACUGCCUUUACUGGGUGUGCAAAAAAGGUGAGAACAAAGUAACUUUUUACUUGAAUCUUAUGGUUAACAUCUAGUUGACCUGUCCUACAGUCAGCCUAGUAAUUGUUACUGGCCAUUUUUCUAUAGAAAGUUCUUAUGCCAUGGAAAUAACUCUACCAGCAUAGGUUUAUAGUUCCAAAAGGUUCUUGUUAAAAUAGGGUUCAGCUAAUUAAAUUUAGUGGAUGUCAAACUCCCCCUGCCCAAACCAAGAAAUGGAUCUUGCAUCUUAAAAGGUAGCAGGCUGAUCAACCUGGUGCACAAGUAAAUAUUUCACAAUUUUUCCUAGGGGUUAUGUAGCAAACAGAAUUUGCACUGCAAUCUCAGCAAUGUGCACUUUUAAACUUUUUGAAGUGUUAAGGGGCAAAUGACUUGUCAAAACAAUAGUCAGUUGUGUUUGAAUAUUUUUGCUUUUUUAAAAACUGGAAAACAAUGCAAUUUGGGUAGAUGGAUUUAAAAGUAAGGUAACUUCUCAAGCAGAAAUGCUAAAUCAUUUUCUUGAAGACACUUGUCUACCUUAUACUUAGUUUUGAAAAUAGAAUAUGUCUGCAGGCAGACUUGCCCUCUUUUACUGGGCAGAAAACUGAAUCCUACUAUUCCCUUGCCAUAUCCCUUCCUCCAAGUGGAACCAAGAAACACUUUCGUUUGUUCUCUCACUAGCUCCUCUCCAAAGUCUGGAGGAUUUUUUUUCUGUUCUGGCAUGGUAGCUCAAGCUCUUCAGAGGACACCUCAUGGGGGUUUCAGGUCUCCACACCAUCAUAGUGGCCCACUUUGGUUCUGGAAUGGCCUGGCAGUUUCUUCCUUUCAUGAGCCUGCCCUCUUCAUUUCUCCAAGGUAGCUAAAGUUUAGCUAGUGUUCAACCUGAUGCUUGCAUUGCUGCUCGAAUGUCUUUCCCCGCUUUCCCCCUCAUCUUCCCUAGAAACUUCCAUUUCAAUUUUACACCACUACUGCAGAAAAUUAACUAGUUGUCUCCCCAUGCUCAAACAAGCUGACUAGUUGGCCUAGAUAAAACACAGGAACUUUCAAAAGACCAUGAACUGAAAUAGUGACGGUCACUGUCUGUAACUGAUGCAACAUCUUUCAGAUCUGGCCGGGGCAGAUAUUAACACUAUGCAAUAUGGGGGUUAGGGGGUAGAGGCUUGCCUAAUCUUUUAGUCUAUUUUCCCUGCCAUGCUUUUCAGUAACAGUUCUCUGGCUAUGUGCCACUCUUCUGAGGGGGGGCGGAGAAAAAGCUGAAAGGUUUACUGUGUCUUGGUUGCUGGCACUUAGGUUUCUCGGAAGAUGACUAUCAACAGAUAAUAGAGGGAAACUACCUUGGCAGACGUGUGCCAAGUGUCUUGGCUCCUAGCAGUCAUUCUCUUGAAGACUUACCUUGCAAGUACUUAAGCUAUAUCAACAUGUAUGAAACACUUCUGGCACUAUUUGACACUUACCAAGUGUGUGGUGGAGGAGGGGGAAGUGUGUGUGUUCUCCAUCAAGUUGCAUAUUAGGUAUACAAUGUAACCGGCUUAGUUGGAUUACAGAACUGCACUCUUCUAACAUUUGGAAGUUACUGCACCUCACAGCUAUUAAGCCUUUGCCUUAUCAGAAUUGGACCAUUGUAAACUGACUUGUUUUGCACUUGUACUGCUUUUAAUGUUUUAAUGUCAAUGCCUUAAACGGUGGUGUCACUUUGUAUGGUUGGAUCUCUCUGCACUGAUGUAUAGAUGUUGGGUCCCCUCCCCCUGAACUGUUCUUGGGCUUGCCUUUUGAACUUCAAGAUAGCAAUUACUUACUGGCACUGUUCUUGAAACUGAUUCAUGUGCAAGAAAAUGGGUUUGUCUAUCUUGACAAUAAAAGCUAUAUUUUUUACCUUUCAAA